UACGUCCAAUUAUGUGAAUAAAGAGUCAAAUAAGUAAUUUAUAGAACGAUGUGUCAGUAGAUAACGUGGUUAGGUGCAAAAUGGAGAGCGUACGAAAUUUUUCCGUAUCGCUUAUCAAAGGGUUCAUAGACAGUUUGCGAGGUGUAACUGUGCUAUUGUAUUUAGAUAAAGAAAUAAAUGAGCGAGCACUGAGUCGUUCUCCUCAUUUGGAUCCCGACAAUACAAAAAGUAAACAAAAGCAGACAAAAGUGAAACAGGAAUCUAAAGUACUUACAAGGGUCUUACAAUCAUGUAUUCUCAACGGGUUCAUAUUUUUACUUAGCAUAUUAGUAUUUGAGUACGUACUCUUGCCGGCAGUCAAGUACUUAGUCACAGUUGUAUUUGGACAUGACCAAGGGGUGGCACAUAGUGUAUGGGCGUGGAUGCUGCCAUUCCUCUCUAUGACAUUUAGAAUGAUAUGGGUGCUGCCUUUGUUCCUGCUUAGUAAACUUGUCAACGCGCUGUGGUUUCAAGUUCCAUGUUAG